GGGUGGGGUGGUUCCGUAGAGAGAACUGCAAGCCCCCAAGUGGGUCAGUCUGUGACUUCUCACCGGAACGCGGGAGGAACGCGCUCUGUGGGCAAAAUUGGACUCCACCAACUUCCGACGACAAGCUUGGGACAGAGUCCUGGAGUCCUGAACGACAAGUGAGUGGGCCCAAGAGAAGGACAGUCCAGGGUCACCAACCAGAUCGCCAUGGCCGUGGCCGCCCGCCGUCUGUGCCAUAUCGCCUUUCACGUGCCCACAGGGCAGCCCCUUGCCCAGGAUCUGCAGCGCUUCUUCGGCUUCCAGCCCUUGGCGGUGCGGGAGGCAGACGGCUGGCGGCAGCUGGCCCUGCGCAGCGGCGAUGCGGUCUUUUUGGUGAAUGAGGGCACGGGCACCCGGGAGCCGCUCUACGGCGUGGACCCGCAUCACGCCGUGCCCAGCGCCACCAACCUGUGCUUUGAUGUGGCGGACGCGGGCGAAGCUGCCCGGGCGCUGGAGGCGCAGGGCUGCAGCGUGCUGGUAUGCCCUGUUAGCGUGCAGGAUGCACAGGGUGCCGCCACCUACACCGUGGUCAGCUCGCCAGCCGGCAACCUCAGCCUGACGCUGCUGGAGCGCACCGAUUGCCACGGACCCUUCUUGCCCGGUUUCCGGCCCCUGUCCUCCAAAACUGGCCAGGGCUGGAUCAGCCACGUGGACCAUCUGACCCUGGCCUGCACCCGCGGCAGCUCCCCCACUAUGAUACGCUGGUUCCACGACUGUCUAGGUUUUCACCACCUGCCACUGAGCCCAGGUGAGGAUCCGGAGCUGGGCCUCCAGGUGACAGCAGGGUCCGGGCAAGGGGGGCUGAGGCUCACUGCCCUGCAGACCGGGCCAUGCAGUACUGUCCCCACUCUCGUGCUGGCCGAGUCCCUGCCCGGAGCCGCCAGUGGACAGGACCAGGUGGAGCAGUUCCUGGCCCACAACAGAGGGCCAGGCCUACAGCACGUAGGGCUGUACACUCCAAACAUCAUAGAAGCCACUGAUGGGGUGACUAUGGCUGGGGGCCGGCUCCUGACUCCCCCUAAGGCCUACUACCAGCAGCCAAGCAAGGAAAGUCAGAUCCUAGCUGCAGGGCACGAGCCCAAGCGUCUGGCCCUACAGGGAAUCCUGCUAGAUGGUGAUAGAGGCAAGUUUUUGCUUCAGGUCUUCACCAAGUCCCUCUUUGCAGAGGACACAUUCUUCCUGGAGCUGAUUCAAAGGCAGGGGGCUACAGGUUUUGGCCAGGGCAACAUCCGGGCCCUGUGGCAGUCGGUGGAGCAAGCUGCCAGGGGUCAGGAAGCCUGAGGAAAGCCAGAGCUGACAGCCACCUGUCCUGGAGGUCUGGGAAGUCCAGCA